GGGGGGAGCGCCGGAAGUCCGCCCCGCCCCUCAUUGUGCGGCUCGUACUAAACGGAAGGGGCCGGGAGAGGCCGCGUUCAGUCGGAUCCCGGCAGCAGCUGCAGCGGCUCUUGUCUUUUCUGGCUCUCCUUGCUAUCUCCUUUUCUCUUCCGGAAACAUGGCCUCUGGCGUGGCUGUCUCUGAUGGGGUCAUCAAAGUGUUCAACGACAUGAAGGUGCGUAAGUCGUCGACACCAGAGGAGGUGAAGAAGCGCAAGAAGGCGGUGCUCUUCUGCCUGAGCGAGGACAAGAAGAACAUCAUCUUGGAGGAGGGCAAGGAGAUCCUGGUAGGUGAUGUGGGCCAGACUGUAGACGACCCCUACACCACCUUUGUCAAGAUGCUGCCAGACAAGGACUGCCGCUACGCCCUCUAUGACGCAACCUAUGAGACCAAGGAGAGCAAGAAGGAGGACCUGGUGUUCAUCUUCUGGGCCCCUGAGUGUGCACCUCUUAAGAGCAAAAUGAUCUACGCCAGCUCCAAGGACGCCAUCAAGAAGAAGCUGACGGGGAUCAAGCAUGAAUUGCAAGCAAACUGCUAUGAGGAGGUCAAGGACCGCUGCACCCUGGCAGAGAAGCUGGGGGGCAGCGCCGUCAUCUCUCUGGAGGGCAAGCCUUUGUGAGCCCCCUCCAGCCCCCUGCCUGGAGCAUCUGGCAGCCCCAGACCUGCCCAUGGGGGUUGCAGGCUGCCCCCUUCCUGCCAGACCGGAGGGGCUGGGGGGAACCCAGCAGGGGGAGGGCAGUCCCUUCACCCCAGUUGCCAAACAGCCCCCCACCCCCUGGACCUUCCUCCUCUUCCCUCCAUCCCUGACGGUUCUGGCCUUCCCAAACCGCUUUUGAUCUUCUGAUUCCUCUUGGGUUGAAACAGACCAAGUUCCCCCCAGGAACCCCUGUUUGGGGGGGACCUGUAUUUUUUUUAACGACACCCCAGUUCCCCCCUUGUUCCUCCCUUUUCCCAUGCUGCCAACUUCUAACCACAAUAGUGACUCUGUGCUUGUCUGUUUAGUUCUGUGUAUAAAUGGAAUGUUGUGGAGAUGACCCCUCCCUGCGCCACCUGGUUCCCCUCCCCCUUGCCCCUGGUCACAGCCACUCAUGGAAGCAGGACCAGUAAGGGACCCUCAAUUAAAAAAACAAAAAAAACACACAACAAUAAAAAGGCUCACUAAUGGGA